UGGCUAUGCGAGAGGAAGGCGCGUCUGCAGACUUUUCUGCUGGUGGACGAGUUAAAGUGCGUUAUUUUACAUUUCUGACGUUAUCGUUUAUUGUUGCUUGUGCUAAGGGCGUUACCAUAGUGAAACCCAUCAUUUACGGCAAUAUAGCGAGAUAUUUUGGCAAAAAACGUGAAGAGGACGGCCAUACACACGCAUGGACGGUCUAUGUGCGGCCUUGCCAACACGAGGAUAUUUCUGUUUACAUAAAGAAGGUACAGUUCAAGCUACAUGAAAGCUAUCCCAACUCUGUUCGCGUGCUAAACAAACCUCCAUUUGAAGUACAAGAAACAGGAUGGGGAGAAUUCGAAAUUCAGAUCAAACUGUUUUUUGUAGAUCCUACUGAGAAACCAUUGACAUUAAGUCACGUUCUCAAGCUUUUUCAGACCGAAGCAGCCAUUGUGAUGGGAAAGAAAAACUUGGUCUCUGAACAGUACGACGAAAUUGUGUUCAAUGACCCAACAGCAGUGAUGCAUCAUGCACUCACCAAUCUUGUGAUUUCAGCUCUACCUGUGAGACAGGACAGUAACACUGAUUAUGAGGAUCUGGAAGAGAAGACUUUGGCUAAGAUUGCUGCUGCACGGAAAGUCGUGAAGCAGGACAUUGCAUUGGUAAAUGAGAGGCUGAAGUUGGUAAAGGAUGCAACACAUCAUCUCAAACGAGAAGUGGCUCGAUUAGAGACUACACAAAGGGAUGACUUUGACUAUCAUUAAAAGCAAAGUUAAGGUACAUUAUCAGUAGAUCUUAUUAGUGCUAAAUACACUGAAGAAUAUUACUUUAUUAAAAAAUUCUAAGGUAACUAGUCUACUGCUCUCUGACGUAACAGACACGAUUGCUUGUUAACACAACUGUAAGAACCGUAGGACUGGGAUUACCUGCUAGAUUAUC